AUGCAGAAAGGAAGGCUGUAUACUUUACAUAUUAAAGCUUAUUGUAAGUUAAAAAGAUCUGAAAAAGAUACAGAUGCAAUAUACGCUCUUAGCCACAAUUGGUUUCGAAAUUGGGAAAAUUUUGUUCGUGAAAAAUCAUCUGAACCUCCGGGUUCAAUAUCAAAUGUAGCUAUAUCAACAACUAAAAAUGGUCAAACUCGUUUACUUAGACGUGGCUAA